CCAGGGUAAUCGCAUAACUCCUCAACCAACCCUAUUUAACCUCCGUGCUCCACCUCAUAAUCUCUCUACCAAGGACGGCAUUUGCUUUGCUUUGAACAGACCUCUCCCCAAUAGGAAUACUUCUCAAAAUGCCUGUAACUAUUCGACCCGCAUCGCACAUCGCGAGCGCCUUCCGGCCACGUUACAAUGAGGAGGCAGUCACAAACUUUAACGAGCUCUUCACAUCUGCAUGCUAUAAGGAAGCAAAGAAAAUGAAGAACAACAACAUCAUUCAAACUUCUUUCACGGAUGUUACCAAAGACUCCAAUGUCUACGCUCAAAGCAAUGGAUUCGUCGAUGGCGCCGUCCGUGCCUACAACAAUCAUCAGCAUCUGGAGAUUCGGCCGGAGGACGUUUGGUUCAGUAUUCUAUCGCAACUCAACGUUUAUAUCAAGACGCAUGCCGAGGAGCUUCGAGACAUGUUCGUGACUCAUCAAGGUCAGAAGCAUCUAGAAGUUAUUGCCAUGCAAGAGAUCACCGGCGAUACUCAAUUUGGGGUGGAUUGGUCCAAGUUUUCACUCAAGAUGUCUCAGUUGAUUCAGGAGAAUGUAGUGGACCCCAGUCUCAGAGAUUGGAUUAUGCCUCGAUUUACAACAACAACAAAGACUGAUGAGGUUGUGGCAUCGAUCCUGAUGAUGUCGACUUUACAGAAAUACUUCACCUAUGGUUGCUCAGUCCUGUGCGGACUGCCUUCUGUGACUUUACUGGGUGAGAAGUCCGAUUGGGAGAGCUUGGCUGGAAAGGCGGAACGGAUUGGUACCUUUGGCGACGAAGCCAAGCUCUGGUUCAGUCUUCUCAAGCCAGUCCUCGCCCGAUUUAUCGCCUCCUUCGAUGCCCCGGAAGCAGAAGAAACCAAGGAUUUCUGGCAAAAGAUUGCUCACUACUCAGGUGGUGGCUCUGGCCCAACAUAUCUCAGUGGUUGGAUCACAGCUUUCUGUUUCUGGAACAGCGAAGGUCACCUUGUAGCCGAUUCCGACUUCGAAGAUUGGGGAGGAUCGACGCCUGUUUUACAGCUGGAUGAAGCACGAUACCAUCGACUCGAGACUACCGAAAUCCCUCCCGGCUGGGCAUCGGUGCCUGUCAUGUUGGACUACUACGGAGUCGAUAUUCCAUGUAGCAUGGUCGCUGGUUCUGUAGGCAUCAGACUUAGGAGUAGUGGGAAUGAUUUCAUCAAAAGUGGGUUCAAUGACACCGACUUCGACACUAUCUCUAUCGAGUCUGGAUGGUGGAUCUACGAGGGAAUGAACGACGAGGAAAUCAAGGCAGUCAAGGAGGCGAGAGCAAAGGCGGAGCAGAGCAAGAAGGAGCCUUUCUAUCUUAUGGGCACUGAGCGCCAAGUCUGGGCGCAUCGGGGUAAAAUUCGCUCUUCUGGAAGAGCGGAUUUGGGAUUAUCUCACUCAGAUAACACUACACUUAUUGUUUGGGAGCCAGGACAACAAACGGGCGAAGUGGCAACAAUGAGACAAAAGCGUUAGAUAUCGAAUUAUGGGGAACUCACGAGA